AAAUGAAUAAUAAUUUCUUUUUUCUUAAUUUUAGGAGGAUUUUUAACAAGGUGCUUGUAAAUCAAACUUAAUUCAUGGCUAUAGCAUCCGCAACAAAAGGUAUUGCUCUUUUGGAGGACUUAAAGGGAGCUCAAGAUGUAAUAAAAUGUGACCUCUGCGCAAACUCCGUGGAACUUCAAUGCAACAAAUGUGACGUCAAACUAUGUGGACAUUGUGUAUCAAGACAUGUAUCUAAAACCCCAACGACACACGAAAUUGUAACUUUUGUACACCGGAAAUCAGGACCAGUGCUUCCUGUCUGUCAGUUUCACCGAAAUGCAAAAUGCGAGCUAAAAUGUCAAACGUGUAACAUUGCAGUGUGUUCGAAAUGUAUAACGACUUUUCAUAAGUUUCAUGAUUUCGAGGAUUUGAUGGAGGUAUUUAAGUCUAAACUGGAUCUUAUUCAGCAAGAUACAAACGAUUUAGAAAUGGAAUUUGUUCCGAGAUACCAAAAUAUUAUCUCUAGAAUGAAGUUGCGAUUGUCGACUCUUGCUCCUGAAUACCAGAUCUUGAAAUCAGCCAUAAAGAAACAUGGACAGGAAGUACAUCGAAUGGUGGAUGUCGUAAUCAAAAUGUUUGAAGAUGAAGCAGAAAAAAUGGAACAAGAGUCCUUGGCUACACUGAAGAAUCGCAUAUCGGAAUCCACAAGUUUGCUGGAUGAAAUUCAAGAAUUAAUCAAGGAGAACAAAAGGCUUAUGCAAUCAAGCAAUGUUGAACAGGCACUCUUGUAUAAUUCUGAGAUGGAUAGAUUCAGAAAAGUGAAAUCAGAAUUUUGCGUUUCUGUCCCCGAUUUUUGGCGAGUUAAACUCACGAAUGACGAGCUAUGUAAUCUAUUCGGAAGACUAGAGACAAAAGAUGACAAAAAGGAAAGUUCUUUAGAGAAUAAAGAAGAAAAGAAUCCAUCAACAGAAGAAAAAGAAUUUUUGUUGAUGCCAAGGUUGACAGCGACCACAGAGAGCACUUUCGAACACGUUCAGAGGGUGAGUUGUCAUGACACCAGCGAAGCUUGGGUGAGCGGGAACCAGAAAAAUAUAAUACGAAUUGACUUAGACGGAAACGCAAAGGAAGUUGUUUACACAUCCUCGGGAUAUGUCCCCCACGACUUAACAGUCAGUAAACAAGGAGAGCUUCUGUAUUGUGACAGUAUAGAACGAACGGCCAACAUCAUCAAAUCCGACAAAACGAGGGUGAUUUUACGAUAUGAAGGUUGGAGACCGCAGGGAAUUUGUACGACAUCUGAGGAUGGGAUUUUAGUCACUUUGUACAACGACCUAGAAGGACGUAGUAAAGUAAUAAAGUAUGGGAUCAUCAAGCGAAAAGAUGGUGAAAAUCAAGAAAUUUCGUCAUUAGAAGCGCUACAACCAAAACCGGAAAAGGUCAUUCAGUACGAUGAACGAGGGGAAACUCUGUAUAAAUAUGCGACUUUUAUUGCAGAAAAUGCUGUCAACCAUGACAUCUGCGUAUCCGACCAUGGAACCAAUACCGUUGUUGUUGUAAAUCAAGCGGGAAAAUUCAAAUUCACCUACAGCAACCUGAUGUCUCAGCGGAAGUACGAUACGUUCUUUCCAUGUAGCAUCGCUACCGACAGUCAAGGUCACAUCCUUAUAGCCGACGGUGACAAUGACUGUAUUCACGUGAUCGACAAAGAUCGACAGUUUCUCUGCUACAUUGACAACUGUAACUUCUCAGGAGUGUGUGGAAUUGAUGUCGACCCUUCUGAUAACGUCUGGGUCGGAGAAGUCGACACUGGUCGGGUUAAAGUCGUCCAGUACUUGACCGAUUAAUCUAUCACGAUUAGAGCAAAAUAAAGAGACGAAGAUGAUUUAUAUAUUUAUUUCUUUAAAAUACGGCCUUUGCAAAAGAUCUAUCACAUAUAUAUAUACUCAUUACUUCAAAUGCGUAAAAUGACUGAGACAUACUAAUGAAGUGAAUGUUAUCUUAUAGGGGACUUAUGAAAAGGUCUUCUCAUUAAACUGAACUCAAUAAAAAUUCGAGAUUUUUAGA